CAGUGCGCUUGCUUAUUUCGUGUGGUGUCGAGAGUUGCAUGGUCGUGUGCAGCUGCUAGACGAGUUCUCAGUAAUGCACAUUUAAACAUAACAUAUCUCAAGUCGCCUAGCAACAGCAUGACCCUGGUGUUAAGCUGCGCGGCGCUGCUAGCUAGCGUUGUGACUCUUUCGUGCGGGCUGGGGGUCGGCGGCGGAGCGAACCCCGCCGGCUCCUGGUUUGUGAAGACUCGGACAGUCCGGGGUGUUUUUGGCAGUGCUGUUAACGAGGGCUCGGCGCCGGACCCCCCCGCUUUCGCCCUGCACCGCGACAGUGAAGCUGACAAACGCAGCACGGAGCUCGGAGAUGCCUGUAACGACUGGAGAGGGUUUGCAGCCAGGCUCGCUAACAACACGCACCCGUUUCCCUUCUUCGAUCUGAGUGGCUCGGUGUCGCUGGCCUGGGUGGGCGAUGGGACCGGAGUAGUCCUGGCAUUGACUACGUUCCAGGUGCCGUUACUGCUGGUGAAAUUUGGCCAGUCCAAACUCUACAGAAGUGAGAAUUAUGGGAAAUCAUUCUCGGAUGUCAGCGGCCUCAUUAACAACACCUUCAUCCGCACAGAGUUCGGGAUCGCCAUCGGCCCGGAGAACUCCGGCAAGGUGAUCCUCACGGGAGAUGUGUCGGGAGGGAGUGCAGGAGGCAGGAUUUUUCGGUCUCUGGAUUUUGGGAACAGGUUUUCCCGUAUGGAUCUGCCCUUCCACCCCCUGACGCAGAUAACCUACAACCCCAGGAACGCCAGUCAGCUGCUGGUCCUCGGCAUCAACUAUGACCUGUGGCUCUCCCUCGACUUUGGGGAGACGUGGAUAAAGAUGCACGAGACCGUCUGCCUUGUGAAAUGGGGUCCUGAGAACACAAUCUUCUUCACCACCUACCCCAACGGAUCAUGCAUUGAUCGGGGGAUGCUGGAGCUCAGGAAGACGUCCGAUUUUGGGAAGUCCUUCCAGACGAUCGGGACCAAGAUCUACUCCUUCGGUCUGGGCGGCAAAUUUAUCUUUGCGUCCGUCAUGACUGGAUCGGGCACGACACGGGUGAUCCACGUGUCGGUAGACCAGGGGGAGUCGUGGAACAUGGCCCAGCUCCCCCCGGUGGGUCAUGAGCAGUUCUACUCCAUCCUGGCAGCCAGUGACGACAUGGUGUUCAUGCAUGUGGACGAGCCAGGGGACACCGGUUUUGGUACGAUCUUCGUCUCAGACGAUCGAGGAAUCGUUUACUCCAAGUCCCUGGAGAGGCACCUUUACACGAUGACGAGUGGGGACACGGAUUUCACCAACGUGACCUCUCUGCGGGGGGUCUACAUGACCAGCGUCCUGGCUGAAGACAGCUCCGUGCAGACGGUGAUCACGUUUGACCAAGGAGGAGAGUGGAAGCCCAUUCGAAAGCCGGAGAACAGCCAGUGCGACUCCACAGCCAAGAACAAGGAGAUGUGCAGCCUCCAUAUCCACGCCUCCUACAGCAUCUCUCAGAAACUCAACGUUCCCAUGCUGCCCCUGUCCGAGCCCAACGCUGUGGGCCUGAUCAUCGCUCAUGGCAGCGUGGGGGACGCAAUCUCUGUGAUGACCCCCGAUGUGUACGUGUCCGAUGAUGGGGGGUACUCCUGGAUCAAGGCUCUGGCGGGACCCCAUCACUACGCCAUUUUGGACUCCGGGGGGCUCAUUGUGGCUGUGGAGCACAGCACCUCCCAGCCCAUCAAACACAUCAAGUUCUCCACAGACGAGGGGCAGUGCUGGUACCGGUACAACUUCACCGCUGACCCGCUGUACUUCACGGGCCUGGCUUCGGAGCCUGGGGCCCGGUCCAUGAAUGUCAGUGUGUGGGGGUACCGGGAGACUCUGAUCACACAGUACUGGGUCUCCAUCACCAUCGACUUCAAUGAGCUGCUGACCCGCGACUGUGAUGAGAAGGACUACAUCCAGUGGCUGGCUCACUCCGAUGACCUGAGCGACCCCAAUGACGGCUGCAUGCUGGGGUACAAGGAGACGUUCCUGCGCCUCCGCAAGGCCUCCGUCUGCUGGAACGGCAGGGACUACCUCGUCAACAAGCAGCCCAGCACCUGCCCCUGCACCCUGGACGACUUCCUCUGUGACUUUGGAUACUUCCGUCCGGAAAACCGCUCAGAAUGCAUGGAGCAGCCGGAUCUUAAAGGUCACGACCUGGAAUUCUGCCUACACGGGAAGGAGGAGCUACUCCAGACCACUGGCUACCGUAAGAUUCCGGGGGACAAGUGUGAAGGCGGGACCCUCCCGGAGAGGAAGGUGAUCGAUCUGCGUAAGAAGUGCGUGAGCAACCUGCUGGAGCCGGCGCAGCUGGCUACCACACCCUCCACCAGUCCUGCCCCGAUUGUGGCUGCAGUAAUCGGGGUGCUGGCGAUAGCGCUCGUAGCUGGGGUCCUCCUUGUGAAGAAAUACGUCUGCGGAGGGAGGUUCCUGGUACACCGGUACUCUGUCCUGCAGCAGCACGCAGAGGCCAAUGGGAUCGAUGGGGUGGAUGAGCUGGAGACUAACUCCACCCACUCCAGCAGACGGGACUAUCAUGAUGACUCAGACGAGGAUCUCCUCGAGAGUGUCUCUCCAGAUGAAGACCACCACCCCCCCCCCCCCCCCCCCCCCCAACCCACGGACGGGGGGUCGGGUCGGAUCUAG